AUGUGGAAAGAUAUAAGGCUCGUCUUGUGGCUAAAGGCUUUACCCAAGGCCCGUCUUGUGGCUAAAGGUUUUACCCAAAAGGAAGACAUCGACUUCAAAGAGACUUUCUCUCCAGUUUCAAGGAAAGACUCUUUCAGGAUAAUUAUGGCACUUGUUGUGCAUUUUGACCUUGAGUUACAUCAGAUGGAUGUUAAGAUGGCAUUUCUAAAUGACGACAUUGACGAGAUGAUCUAUAUGGUGCAACCAGAAAACUUUGUGUCUGGAGACCCGAAGAAUAUGUUCAGUGGGAGGAUUCAGAUACAUCGGGAUCGCUCUCGAGGUAUUUUUGGAUUGUCACAAAAGAGUUAUAUCGAUAAAAUACUUAAGAGGUUUGGCAUGCAAGACUGCAAACUAGGUGACACCCUGUCGCUAAGGGAGACAAAUUUAAUCUCAAACAAUGCCCGCAAAAUGACCUUGAAGUUAAGGAAAUGCAGAAGAUUUCCUAUGCAUCAGCUAUUGGGAGUCUAA